CUGGCAAGCCGGGGCCGAGGGCGCUCGAGGCGGCGCGAGCCUGCCGCCGCAGCGCGGCGACCAUGGCGAGCCCGCCGUCCGGCAGCGCGCCCCAGCGGCCGGCGUGCUGCGGCAGGCUCUGCCGCAGGCGAGAGAAGUGGAAGAGGUCCGACAGCGGCAUCGACCGCGUCACGCUACGGUUUGCGGACCCCAUGAGGGAGAAGGGUUUCGCGGACACUCACAAGGCGCAGCUGACCAGGUACGUCUGGCUGUCGAUCGGCGCCAUUGUCACCGUAGGACUCCUGGUGAGCGUGACCGCUCACAGGUUUUGGGACGAUUCCCAGUACCCCACGAGUGAGGCUAGGGAGCUCAGCCAGUGGCAGAUGCUCAUCUUCUAUUCUUCAUUCGUCUUCCUGCUCCUCACCCUUGCCGCUGGACUCAUCUUGACAAAGCACAGCGUCGUCAACACUUUGGGGUUGGAGGUCCUUGUCGUGUCUGCUAACGUCUGCUUUAUGAUGACCAUGGCCAUCAUCCCGAAGCACUACAUCGCGCGCGCGUUCGGCCACGAGAACGCCGAGGCCAUAUGGGGCGUGGACCUGGGUCCCACCGACGGCAGCCUGGUGCUGUACAUCGACCUGGUGGUCACCUCCCUGCACCUGCUGCUACCCAUACGCUGGAUCGUCCUCGUCCCCCUGGAGGUGAUCGCCAUCCUGGUCUACAUCGUGCCCGCGGUGCUGCUGGGCAGCCCGGCCAUGAACUUUGUCCCCUUCAACAUCAUAGGGCUCAUGGUGCUCACGCUCUUCGCAGCCAUCGGGAAGCGGUCUUUCGAGAGGCAGGAGCGUAUUCUGUUCGCGGGGCUUCUGCAGGAGAAGCAGAAGCGCUUCCAGGCCGAGUUCCAGCUGUCCAAGGCGGACAACACCGGCGUCCCCUCGAAGGCAGAGGGUUUCGGCUCCGAGCUGUCGGUCCCGGGGACGACCAUGAGCAGCGCGGCCUUUGGCGACAGCGUGGGUCCCGCGUCGUUGGAUCAGAUCCGUGCCAUUGGUACGCGAGAGAAGUGGUUUAUAGCCAAAGGCGAGGUGCAGCUCCUGCCGGACAGGAUCCUCGGCCAGGGCGGCUUCGGCAUCGUCGUGCUGGGCUUGUACCACAACACCAUGGUGGCGGUGAAGGCGCCGAAGCAGGAGCCGGGGAUAAACUUUUCCGCCGUCGGGUGCGCCUGCCCCAGGGGCGGCUGGCGCCGUGGUGGUAUAAACUCAUGUUGUACCGUUCUUCGCCCGCUAAGACAGGAGAUUGCGAACAAGGGCCGCAUCAGCUCAUACCUGCCGGCGUUGUGCAACGAGCUGAGGAUCCUCCGCCACAUCCGCCACCCCAGCAUCGCCUUCUUGUACGGGGCGUCCAUUGACGUCGCCCUGAACAAGUUGUGCUUGGUGCUCGAGUUCGUGGACGGGGUGCCCCUCAGCAAGUUCAUCCGCCCCUCCGCGGACAAGGAGGGGGCCGUGGAGUCGCGCCCUGGAGCUCUGGAGACCAUGGGCGAGUCCAGCAGCCAGUCCGCGAGGGCCCUGAUCAUCUCCGACAUCCUGAACGUGCUGCGCUACCUGCAUUCGAGGCAGCCCGCCGUGGUCCACGGCGACCUGAAGGUCUCCAACGUCUUCGUGGAGGAGCGGCGCAGCAGGAGCGGGCAGAGCUCGUACCACGCCAAGCUGCUGGACUUCGGCCUCUCGCGGAUCCUGACCCGAAGCGCCAGGCCCCUCGGCGGCACGCCGCGGUGGAUGGCGCCAGAGCUGCUCGCGGGCCCUCGAGAGUCAUAACAAACGGCAUGCGGCGACAGGGGCGAAUAGCCUUAAGUCGAGCGUGUCCCUUUACAGGAGG